AUGAUGAUUGCCAGGAAAUUCUUGGUAGUAGCUCUCGGAGCUGGCAUCGUUGACGCUCUCAGAGACACAUCGCCUUUCAUUCUUCUCUCUACUUCAGACUUGCUUGCCUCCUCUUCUUCCGCGAAUGUCCUACCCGCAACCUCUCUUCUCAGCGAUGUCUGGAGUAGCUUGAAGACUUGUACCUCGGACUAUUAUAUCAUUGCGACCCAACCCGGUGUCCACGCCACCGACUAUUCAACUCAGCAGGCAACACCGCGCCUUCGAGAGAAGGUGCUAGGAAAGGAUAAAACCAUUCGCUCCAAUAUAACAGUCACAGAAGUCGUGGGUCUUUUUGACCCAACAUCUAUUCGAAAUGGUUUGGAACAGGAAUGCGGUGCCCAAGUGACUACGAUAGAUGGAAGUGCAAGUAGCACAGCUCUCGAGUUUGAAGGUGGACCAAGAAUUAUAGACAUUACAUUCCCAGCUCCGUCUUUGCAUGAGUCGCGCCUGCAAGAACUGUCCCAAAACGAUGCCUUGCUUGCAGAUGUUCUCGACCACAUUCCAUCCUCGAAAUAUACGCUCAUCUACGUCACCACUCCCCGCGAGUACGAAGAUGACGAUUUGAGCUCUAUUAACUACAAUUCUGAAGAUGAUCUUCAACAAUCAAUCCAUCAAGAUUUGAAACGUGACUUCGCAGAGUCUCGACAGGAUGACACGGUUGAUAACAGAUCACUGUUUCAGAAAUACCAAUUCCUGAGUCCAGGUAUCUUCAUGGGGUUCGUCGUUGCAUUCGUCCUUAUUGCGAUUUUGUACGUCGGUAUUUCUGCGCUGGUCGGCCUUGAGGUCCCCUACGCUGCUUUUGAAAAGGACACAUCGCCUAAUUCCCAGAAGAAGCAGCAAUAA